AUUUGAGAAGAUUGAUAUCCAGAAUUAAUUCCAUCGAUCUUCUUCGGAGAGGGAGACUGAACCAGCAGAGAAAGGGCUUGGGCGGUAUAUUUAUCUUGUGGGGGACGUAUAGAAUGAGAAGAAUGGAAGGAGUUGGUAGUAUAUAGUGAUAGUUUGGAUGCUAAGAGAUAUGGGUUGUUGGUGGUGGUGGUGGUUUGCGGUGCUGUCGGCGGCUGUGGCCUCCGUGUGCGGCGGAGAGGUGACCUACGACGGCAGGUCUCUGAUCAUCAAUGGCCAACGCAAGAUUCUUUUCUCUGGUUCUAUUCACUAUCCUAGAAGCACCCCUGAGAUGUGGCCAUCUUUGAUCUCCCAAGCCAAACAAGGAGGAAUUGACGUGAUAGAAACAUAUGUGUUCUGGAACCAGCAUGAGCCCAAACCAGGACAGUAUGAUUUCAGUGGAAGACGUGAUAUAGUGAGAUUCAUCAGGGAAGUUCAAGCACAAGGCCUCUAUGCAUGCCUUCGAAUUGGACCCUUCAUCCAGGCUGAAUGGAAUUAUGGAGGUUUUCCAUUUUGGUUGCAUGAUGUUCCGGGCAUUGUUUAUCGAACUGAUAACGAACCAUUCAAGUUUUAUAUGCGAAACUUUACAACAAAGAUUGUGGAAAUAAUGAAAUCAGAGAACUUGUAUGCUUCACAAGGCGGUCCUAUCAUAUUACAACAGAUCGAGAACGAGUACAAAACAGUGGAAGCAAACUUUGGAGAGGGCGGGAAGAGGUAUGUUCUUUGGGCAGCCAAUAUGGCUGUGGGGCUUGAGACUGGUGUGCCAUGGGUGAUGUGCAAGCAAGAUGAUGCUCCUGACCCUGUGAUCAAUUCAUGCAAUGGUAGAAUAUGCGGAGAAACAUUUGCAGGACCCAACUCACCAAAUAAGCCAGCAAUCUGGACAGAAAACUGGACAUCAAGCUAUCCAUUAUUUGGUGAAGAUGCACGCCCAAGACCUGUGGAAGACAUUGCAUUUCAUGUUGCACUAUUUGUUGCUAAGAUGAAUGGGAGCUUCAUAAAUUAUUACAUGUAUCAUGGAGGAACCAAUUUUGGAAGAACAUCCUCUGCAUAUGUACAGACAGCUUAUUACGAUGAAGCUCCUCUUGACGAGUACGGUUUGAUUCAGCAACCAACAUGGGGUCAUCUAAAGGAAUUGCAUGCUGCAGUAAAACUAUGCUCAGAGACUUUACUUCAGGGAGCCCAGUCCAAUUUGUCUUUGGGUACCAAACUACAAGAAGCCUAUGUUUUUAGGGGACAAUCAGGCAAAUGUGCUGCCUUUCUUGUGAACAAUGACAGUAGAACAGAUGUCACAGUGGUCUUUCAAAAUACUUCUUAUGAACUGCCUAGAAAAUCAAUCAGCAUCCUGGCAGACUGCAAGAAUGAAGCAUUCAACACUGCAAAGAUAAGCACACAACAAAAUACAAGAUCAAUCCAAACAGUCACAAAGUUUAAUUCAACUGAACAAUGGGAAGAAUAUAAAGAAAGUAUCCCCAACUUUGAUGAUACUUCAUCAAGAGCAAACACGUUACUAGAGCACACGAAUACAACAAAGGACGCAUCUGAUUACCUUUGGUAUACUUUCAGGUAUAACAAUGAUCCCUCUAAUGGACAAUCCGUGCUUAGUACAAAUUCCCGUGCACAUGCUUUGCAUGCAUUUGUCAAUGGAAGGCAUACUGGAUCUCAACAUGGAAGCAGUAGCAAUUUGAGUUUCUCUCUGUAUAAUACUGUUUCUUUUAGGGCUGGGAUAAACAAUGUCUCAUUACUUAGCGUAAUGGUUGGCUUACCGGAUUCAGGAGGAUAUCUUGAGCGUAGGGUCGCUGGAUUACGUAGGGUGCGGAUUCAAAGCAACGGUAUCUUAAAAGAUUUCACCAACAACCCUUGGGGGUAUCAGGUUGGACUGUUGGGAGAGAAAUUACAGAUUUACACAGAUGUAGGAUCACAAAAGGUUCAAUGGAGUAAGUUUGGAAGCUCCACAAGUGGACUGCUCACGUGGUAUAAGACUGUAUUUGAUGCACCUGCCGGGAAUGAACCAGUUGCAUUGAACCUUGUUUCCAUGAGAAAAGGUGAAGUUUGGGUUAAUGGACAAAGCAUUGGUCGUUAUUGGGUCUCCUUCCUUACCCCCAGUGGAAAGCCUUCACAAAUAUGGUACCAUAUACCUCGAUCCUUCCUCAAACCUACAGGGAACCUAUUAGUUCUACUAGAAGAAGAAACAGGGCACCCUGUUGGGAUUUCAAUAGGCAAAGUUUCAAUCCCAAAAAUAUGCGGGCAUGUUUCAGAAUCUCAUCUGCCCCCAGUAAUUUCAAGGGUGAUAUAUAAGAAGCAUGAAAACCACCAUGGCAGGAGACCUAAAGUUCAGCUUCGUUGUCCUUCAAAUAGAAACAUCUCCAGAAUUUUAUUUGCAAGCUUUGGAACCCCGUCAGGUGAUUGUCAAAGUUAUGCUGUUGGAAGCUGUCACUCAUCCACCUCUCGAUCCAAUGUGGAGAAGGCCUGUCUAGGGAAAGGGAUGUGUUCAGUUCCUCUCUCAUACAAAAGAUUUGGUGGUGACCCAUGUCCUGGAACUCCAAAAGCUCUCUUAGUUGAUGUACAAUGCACAUGAAAGUAAGCAAUUUUGCACCAUAAUUUGCUUAUGUUUUAAAGGAGUAAUUCAA